AUGAGGCUGCGCCGAUGGUUGAAGCGGCCUCAUCAUCUGUGCCGCCUGUGGAAGCGUCCGCAGCUGGUGUGGUGGGGCGGAGCGUCAGUGGUGGGCGAGGAGGUUGAGGCUCAAAGAGGAGGGCAGCCAUCAGAGUUGGUGGUAGACAACACAUUGCCAUCAUCACCAGCGGCUGGCGAGGAAGCGGAGGAGCGGGCAGAAGUAAAGCAGACCCCUCCGCGAGCGCCUGCGGUAGACACAGUACAAGCAGCAGCAGCAGCGGCACCUGACUCGCGCAACAGCACUCUCGCCAGUGGCGGGAACAAUACAAGCAGCACGCCUACGGCCGAGCCGGUGACCGCAUCUCGGUCUGCGGUGGAAGCCGAGACAAGCGGCGGUGGGGGAGGGGGAAAGAGGGUCUGCGACGGCGGCGGUGGUUCGCGGAUCAAGCUGCUUCUACCGGUUCAUUGGCUAACAAGCGGUGCCUAGGAGCCUUUAACAUCACUAAGGAGAUAGGUUUUGGUUUGCGUGUACACUUGAGCUGCAGCUGGCAUCACUGGCCGGGAUCAGAUGGCCGAGAUGGUUUUACUUUUGUACCGUUAGAAAAAGGGGGUGGCAAUUUGGGGACCAGCGCCUGCACAACGCGUUAUGCUAUCUUCCCGCAUUCAGUAGUCUGCCGGGUUGGAGCACAGUGGCGCUCUUCGGGAAAUGUAGUUUCUGUGCAUUCAGGGGCACCCGUCGUCACAGAUGGUUGUCUGGUGAUGGUGCGUUUCGGGGGGUCUCAUCGCUGCAGAAACAGGGAGGGUGCCAGGUUCCCGUUUGUCUGCGAUUUUUGCUGAUCUAGAUAAAUUUCCUGCCUUUUGUCUGGGCUUUUCUCAUUUUCGUGUUUGUCUGAUUUUCUAACACAUGGAAGGUGCGGAUGAAGAGAGUAUUGAGCAGAGAUCGGGACCAUUUAUAAUUUUGAGACAUGAACAACGCCCCCAAUGUCCCCGAACUACCAAGAUGCCAAACCACCGAUGACGGGGAGAACUAUCGCCAAAGAA